CAUAGAAAAGGGACGAUGUCUGUGGAUGGCUUUACAUUCCAUCUUCCUCCCGUGUUAUGAUAUUAAACGUCAAUGUCAAUUGGUGUCAUGUGUCAAAUCGAAUGAUGGUCUGUCUGAAAAAAUGAAAAGCUGUUUAUUUUCCUCAACAAAAAAUAAACAUGUUUUAAAAUAAUUUCUAAAUGAUUACGAGAAAAAACUAUAUAAAAAUCAUUUCUAUUGAAAUUCUCCUGAAUAUUAUGAGUGAUAUGUAACAAAAGCAGGAAAACAAUGGGGGGCUAUGUUCCAUUUUCAAGAAUCACUGCUGUUUUGUUUAGGAUGAUUCUUAAAGUUUGGGCUUAUUCAGGGCUAGUUUUAAUAGUUUGUUUUCUACUUUAUUAUAUGUAUGGUGGAAUAUUUGCAGUCCUGUUGUUAUUUUUUGCUGUCACGGGUAUUUUAUACCAAGUUCAAGAUAGUCUACUCUUCAAUCCUGAGUUACCUAGUCAUUCCAGAGUCUAUGUACCAAUACCAUCCACAUUCAACCUUCCAUACGAAAGUAUAGUAACAAAAACUGCAGAUGGCAUACAAAUAAACAUGUACUUAAUAUUACAACAAAAAGAUAGACAACAUACAGCCCCUACCAUAGUAUUCUUUCAUGGAAAUGCAGGCAAUAUGGGGCACCGCUUACAGAACUGUGUUGGGCUGUACCACAAUUUACAAUGCAAUAUACUUUUAGUAGAAUAUAGAGGAUAUGGUUUGUCAGAGGGAAGCCCCUCAGAAGAAGGACUUUAUACUGAUGCAAGGGCUGCUAUAGAUUAUCUUUACGCCAGAAGUGAUAUUAAUCAUUCUGAAGUUAUUGUGUUCGGAAGAUCUCUUGGUGGUGCUGUAGCAAUAGAUCUAGCAAUAAGGCCCGAAUAUGUAGGCAAGGUUUGGUGUUUGAUUGUUGAAAACACCUUUACAAGUAUACCAGAUAUGGCAAAAGUUUUACUAGGAUGGAGGAUUUUGCAGUACUUUCCAUUAUUCUUUUAUAAGAAUAAGUUCCUCUCAUAUCAAAAAGUGAAGCAGUUGAGGAUACCCACCCUGUUCAUCUCUGGUCUAGCUGAUAUCCUAGUACCACCUAGAAUGAUGCUGGAACUGUACAACAGAUGCGGCAGCAUCAGAAAACAGAUUUUACAUAUUCCCGCAGGAACGCACAAUGAAACCUGGCAGAUUCAAGGGUACUACCAUUCCAUAGCAGUGUUUUUGCAAAACUGCAGACUGAAAAGUUUUGCCGAAUCGGACAAGCGCUGUGAAUCUGACACGUUAAAGAGUAUGUGGACUAAUGUGCAGGACGUUUAGUAUUAGCUUUUUCUUUAUUUGAAAAUUUGCAGCACAGCUAUGAAGAAAAUUUUAGUAACACAAAGUUUUUUGCUUAGGGAUCCACCAAUACCGAUAUGUCUAACGGCCGAAUUUACCGACAUAUGAAUCGGCCAUAUGACUGCCCAUAUGCCAAUAUAGGCCAACUGAUAUAGAUAGCAAAGUUAAAAACGUUUAAAAUCAUGAUGAAACGAAACUCAAGAGCGAUUUUAAGUCUUGAGUUUUGACUUUCUCAUACUGCAUUAAACUUGUAGCAACUGUGACAGAUAAUGCUUUGCUUACAUAAAGGUGGAUAAAGAAAAAUGUGCAUGCAGACUUUUUUGAAUUCCACAGUCACAUGUACAAUUUGGGCUGUCGUAUUGACUUGCAUGGAAAUUUGUUCAGGUAUACAGAUACAUCUGUAGUCAGCAGCCCAACUUUACAGGCCUACUUAUCAACUAUAUGUUGUGGGUGUGGUCCACAUACUCUCCUGAACAAAAAUACACUCGACCAUGUACGAAAAGAAACGAAGAAUAUCUCCAGUAUAUCUGCCUCUUAUAUAUCGAUAUCGGCGAAAAUCCUAUACCAGUCCAUUUUGAUUUGAAUCUUGAGUGAAAUUUUCUUGUUUGAUAGUACCAUAAUCAAUUUUAUGAGGAACCAUGCUUAAUUAUUGUAUUCAUGACCAUUUGUGAUGAAUGAGCAUUUUUUGAAAUUCAUUCUUUUAUGUGCUGUAAAUCGAGUAAGCACUUGUUUUAAGGGUCAAUUCUUGGGUACAUAUUAAAUUCAAUCGGGGAAACGGCCGCGGUUGUCGAUGGGUAGUGCGUCAAUUGAUCGGCAGUCUGUAUGACGUCAUAGGUAUGCAUUGCGGAAUUUUGACGUAAUUGUAAGGGCCCCCGCAGACUGCAGACUUUCUAUCGGCCACUAGUUUAGUCGGGUUGUCCUGCUAGUGAGCACACCGUGACAACUAAUCAGUUUGGCCGGUGAAGAGUGUGCAGACUAGCCAACAGCCGGCCGACGACGACUAUACCGAACGAUACUAGUUUGUAUCUGACUGUUGAAGUAAGCGGUCGCACAACGAAAAUAAUAUACAACAUUGUCCAGAAAUGUUAUUAUUGCUCUCAUAGAAGGGAGAAGAACAAUCAAGAAGGGAUUCCAAGAGUAUUGGUGUGAUAGAUUAGUUAGCGGAAAUUUUUACACAAUGCAUUCCAAAUUACUUGAUUACCCGAAAAGACACGACCGACCGACGCCUAAACUCGGAGUGAACUGAACUACCAGCCGACUACACAAUAAUCGUGUGUGCGCAAGUGGAAGUUGGCCAACACUGAUUAAGCAGUUGUCCAAUAGUUGGCCGACAGAUUAUUUUGAAGGGAAUCGGGAAGCCCGUCCAAAAUUUUUAUUGGCCGAAACUGAAUCGCUGUAAUGUCCGCAUAUGCAUACCUCUCCAUACUGAUUAAGAAGCCAACCAAAUUAUCGGACGAUACAGUCUGCGAGGGCAUUAGCAUUUCGAGAAAUCCUUUUGUUAUUGUCGAUGUUUGGAUGCGGAUCAUUUGACGUAUAUUACACCCUAUGUAAGAGUAAAUGUAACCCGUUAAAGCUUAUCUUGAGAACGGAUUUUUAAUAGUAUCUAUGAAAAAAUAUUGUCAAGAGCCAUAGGUGGCUAAUGUCCUAAUAGUGAAAUAUCUAAAAUGUAUCCUGUGGUUUUCAUGCUGAUAAUCCCACCUUUGUUUGAUCGAAUUAAACUAUGUACAUAUUUAUUUAAAAUUUCUCUUUAUUGUACGAAGUUUCGGUCCCAACCAACAAAUUCAAACAGAUCAGAAGGAGUCAAGCUUACAUGUUUACAUUGCCCUGUUUGUCGCCAAAAUUGCGAAGUUUUAGUACAUAUUUUGACUCAUUUGUCUACCAAUGACAAUGCCGAAGUGACAGCGUUGUAUCAACAUAAUAAUACCAGUGGAAACAUCUACCUUCAUUAGGAUUGUGCCAUACUUAACUGUAAUGCUGGAACCGCACUCUUGCCAUUUGCCGCAAACUCCAAACCCCUACAAACGCUUGCCUUUUUUUUGAAGAAGCAAACGUCGCCGUCCACACGUUUGCGGGUGCGUCACUGAAAAGGCAACAGGCAAACAUGAAGGACGUCGAACUUGUGUCUGCCGUAGCAUUUGGCUUAAGCUAUUUUGUUAUAAAACCAAAAAAAAGUCAGAUAAAACGAAAAGUACGACCAAGAAGGUGGUGGAUGUUAAAUAUUCAUAUGAAUCGUACCAGGUAAAUGGUAUUUGUUUUAAUGAAAUUGAUAUUUAGUUUCAAAAAUAGUACCUAUCACAAACGCUUGUGGCAAACUCCUUUUGAUUUGCGACCAAAAAACCGACACCCGAUCGGAUCGGCUACAAGCGCUUUCAAACCCACGCAAACCAAGCCAAACGCUCUAUCCGCAUGUUUGCGUUUGUGACGAUUUGGCAAGCGUUCGGUUCCGGCAUAACAAGUACAAUAUCUUCAAAUACGACAAUUAUCUGCAGACACUCGCAUUUGUAAAAAAUAACAGUAAAUAUACGAAUUUAAUGACAAAACUUCAAUCCUCACUUAAGACUUUGAGAACUAGGAAAUAAAUCCUUGACUGGCUUCUUCUAGACUGAAAAUCGUUGGUGGCCUUUUCCAUAGUCAAUUUGGCCAUUGGGACCGAUUGAAUAAAGAGGAAUUUUAAACACAGAUGUGGUUUGAUUUGGCCAGGCAAACAUAUUGGAUUAUCUUGAGCUGUUAAACACAACAGAAGAGACUCUCGGGAUUGAGAUGGAUAUGUAUAUGUGUACAGGCUGAAUUUAUGUUCUGCAAACUUCAUUCAAGAUGUGAUGUUUAGAAAAUUAUUUUCAAAUGUUUAAACUGAAUUUUAGUUUUUAUAGCCUUAUCAGAUGUCAUAAACUUUUUGAGCAGUAGUUAUUGUUGGGUCUACCAGAUACAAAAAUAAUAUGCUUUUCUCAAUGAUCUGUGACUAACUUUGUUUCCUUGACAAAACUCUGUAUACCCAUAUUGUUUGACCUUGCAGAAUAAAGGUACUCACAGUUAAGAGCUAACUAUACCUACUGUUUGCAUGGAUAUUAUGAAGUGUUUAUUUCAUAUAUUUGUGAUACAUUUUUAGUCUAUUUAUUCCUUUCUUUAUCUAUGUUUUGUAUAUAUGAAUACUGAAUAUAAUUAUAUAUUUUGGAAGAUAUUUUUUUAAAUAACUUACUACAUAGCUUACUAUUUGGAACACAAUUGAUGGGGUAGUAACAUCUGUUUGGUGAAUUCUCUUGUGAAUGGAGAGGGAGAAAUAAUAAAAAUAAAUGAACAGUAUGUACAUAUAUAACAUA